UUUUCGUCUGGAAGCCACGUUGCUCUGCUUCAAACUCUGACCAACCCGCGCGCUCCACCUAGCCAUCGAACUGCUCUCUUUUGUCGCGGCCGAAAUUCUGAGGUAUAUAAGACUUAAGAAGGAAGACUAUUUAUAUGGCUCUGGAAUCCGAUGGAAGAUCUUCGGAAUCCAAUGCUGAAGUUCUUCUCUGAUCAAGAGCUUUGUUAUGCUGAGAUCGUCCCUAGUGCUCAGGUCCGAGCUAGAAUUGAAGUUUCAGUGCUCAAUUUUCUCAAGAAUUUGAAUGCAUCAAACCCCGCCAUCUCAGAUUUGCCUCUGAUUCAGAGAAAAUUUUGCAACAGCCGAGUAAAUCAUAGCUUGAUGACCGACCUAUCAUGUGUUUUCCUCUCCCAUUCUGUUUCUUCGAGGUCCUUGAUGAGGCCUAAUGCAGCAAAGGCCUUCGUUAGAGUGUGGAAGGUGAUGGAGUUGUGCUAUCAGAUAUUGCUUCAGGAAAAGCGUGUCACGCAGAGGGAGCUAUACUACAAGCUUCUGUGCGAUUCGCCACAUCUGUUUCCUUCUCAGAUAGAUGUCAACAGGACAAUCCAAGAUGUCGUGGCAUUGCUUAGGUGCAGCCGAUACAGUCUCGGAAUCAUGGCAUCUAGUCGAGGUUUAGUAGCCGGCCGCCUUACUUUUCAGGAGCCGGGCAAAGAGGUUGUUGAUUGCUCUGUAUGCGGAUCUUCUGCACAUACAAUUCCGGGAGAUGUGAAUUUGUUAGAAAACUUGAUUCUAGAUACUGAUGCUAGAUACAUUAUAAUUGUGGAGAAGCAUGCAAUAUUUCAGCGGCUUGCUGAGGAUCAAUUUUUUAAUCAAAUUCCAAGCAUUCUUGUCACAGCUAAAGGUUAUCCAGAUAUGGCAACGAGAGUUCUUCUUCAUCGAAUCCAUCGAACAUUUCCUGACUUGCCAAUUUUAGCUUUGGUGGAUUGGAAUCCUGCUGGAUUAGCUAUUUUGUGCACCUUCAAAUUUGGAAGUGUUACAAUGGGCCUAGAGGCAUACAGAUACGCGUGCAAUGUGAAAUGGUUAGGCUUACGGGGGCAUGAUCUAGAGAUGUUGCCUGACGAAUCUUUGGUUCCAUUAAAGCCAAAGGAUCUCCAAAUUGCUCAAAGCUUGAUGUCCUCCGGAAUCUUACAGGGGAAUUACAGAGAUGAGGUGGCCUUAAUGGUCCAGAGUGGUAGGCGAGCUGAAAUCGAGGCCCUAUACUUUCAUGGGUAUGAUUAUUUGGGGAAGUACAUAGCUAAAAAGAUUGUUCAGUCCGAUUAUAUAUAAUGACAUAGAUAGUAAUUUCUUAUGUAUAAGCACUAAGCAGGGUACCAAGACCGUUGUAGUCGGAUAAUCAGCAAAAAUUACAAGUUCAACUUUCCUAAAUUUAAUCCAAUUCAUGUUAGAGGACUGGUUUCAUCCUAA